CGCCCCCGCCCCCGCCGGCCGAAGCGAUUCGGCAUCUUCCGUCUAUUUCCGACGGCCCCCUGUCUGCCCGAGCCUGGAAUCUCAGCAGGGGUUGAGCAGCUAGACGAGGCAGAAGCCGCCGGCGGCGCUGGAAGAUGGCGGUUGGGAUGGGGAGGAGGCGGCCGCAGAAGCAGCAGCAGCAGCAGCAGGAGCCGCCGCGGGGUCGGGGAAAGGGGCAGCGGGGCUUGCCGCGGAGACGAGGCUAAGGAAGGGAAGAGUCUUCUUCUCCCGCUCGCCUGCCCGCAGCCUGUUGCAGUCUCGGUCGCCUCGCCUCCCUUUCCGAGAUGGACCUGCGCUUUCCCAGGGUGGCGGCGGCGGCGGCGGCGGCGCUGCUGUGGGAGAGUCCUCGGCCACUCUGGCUGGCGCGGAGGCGCUGACUGGAGCCCGCUGGGUCCCGAUCCGGGAGGAGGGCUGGCUGUGGGGCUGCCCCGCUCCCCGCUGUGCGAAGGAGGACUCGGAGCCACGUCCGCCGCUGAGCCCCCCGGGCCGCCUCCGUGCCAUCUGCGGGGAAGAUGUCGGAUACCAAGGUGAAAGUGGCCGUCAGAGUCCGGCCCAUGAACAGGAGAGAGCUGGAUUUAAAUACCAAAUGCAUUGUGGAGAUGGAAGGGAAUCAAACAGUGCUGAAUCCUCCGCCUUCAAACAAGCAGGGAGAAAACAGGAAACUUCCGAAGGUAUUUGCCUUUGAUUACUGCUUUUGGUCUAUGGAUGAGUCAAACACCGCAAAAUAUGCAGGUCAAGAAGUAGUAUUCAAGUGCCUUGGAGAAGGAAUUCUUGAGAAGGCCUUUCAGGGAUAUAAUGCCUGCAUUUUUGCCUAUGGACAAACAGGUUCAGGAAAAUCCUUCUCAAUGAUGGGCAACACGGAACAGCUGGGUCUGAUUCCACGACUCUGCUGUGCUUUAUUUCAGAGAAUUACCUUAGAAGAAAAUGACUCCCAUACGUUUAAAGUUGAAGUGUCCUAUAUGGAAAUUUAUAAUGAGAAAGUCAGGGAUUUACUGGACCCUAAAGGGAGUCGACAGUCCCUCAAAGUUCGUGAGCACAAAGUAUUGGGUCCGUAUGUAGAUGGUUUGUCUCAACUCGCAGUUACAAGCUUUGAGGAUAUUGAGUCAUUGAUGUCAGAAGGGAACAAGUCCCGAACUGUUGCAGCAACCAACAUGAAUGAAGAAAGCAGCCGCUCCCAUGCUGUAUUUAAUAUUAUAGUAACUCAGACACUUUAUGACCUGCAGUCUGGUAACUCAGGAGAGAAAGUGAGUAAAGUCAGUCUGGUAGAUUUGGCUGGAAGCGAAAGAGUCUCUAAAACAGGAGCAGCGGGAGAACGUCUGAAAGAAGGCAGCAACAUCAACAAGUCACUCUCAACACUAGGUUUGGUUAUCUCAUCACUUGCAGACCAAGCAGCAGGAAAGGGGAAAAGCAAGUUCGUGCCUUACAGAGACUCUGUACUCACAUGGCUUCUCAAGGACAAUUUGGGAGGAAAUAGCCAAACAGCCAUGAUAGCUACAAUCAGUCCGGCUGCUGAUAAUUAUGAAGAGACACUCUCUACACUGAGAUAUGCAGACCGAGCCAAAAGGAUAGUUAAUCACGCAAUAGUCAAUGAAGAUCCAAAUGCCCGGGUCAUCAGAGAACUGCGAGAAGAAGUAGAAAAACUAAAAGAGCAACUUUCUCAAGCAGAGGCUAUGAAGGCACCAGAGUUAAAAGAAAAAUUGGAGGAAUCUGAGAAACUGAUAAAAGAACUGACUGUCACUUGGGAGGAGAAACUUAGGAAAACAGAAGAAAUCGCACAGGAGAGACAAAGGCAGCUAGAAAGCAUGGGUAUUUCCCUUGAAUCUUCCGGCAUCAAAGUUGGGGAAGAUAAAUGCUUUCUGGUGAAUCUAAAUGCAGACCCUGCACUCAAUGAAUUACUGGUUUAUUAUUUAAAGGAUCACACCAGGGUUGGUGCAGAUACAUCUCAGGAUAUACAGCUGUUUGGAAUAGGCAUCCAACCAGAGCAUUGUGUGAUAGAUAUUGCAACAGAUGGGGAAAUUUCUCUCUCGCCAAAAGAAAAUGCAAGAUCCUGUGUAAAUGGUACCCUGGUAUGUUCUGCAACGCAGCUGUGGCAUGGAGAUAGAAUCUUGUGGGGAAACAACCACUUUUUUAGAAUCAAUUUACCUAAAAGAAAGCGGAGAGAUUGGCUGAAAGAAUCAGAAAAAGACACACUAUUAACAGAACAUGAUCUGGAUGCUGCUAGUGAAGCUUCUUCAGAACCGGACUAUAACUAUGAAUUUGCACAGAUGGAAGUUAUAAUGAAAACACUGAAUAGCAAUGAUCCAGUACAAAAUGUUGUCCGGGUGCUGGAGAAACAAUACUUGGAAGAGAAGAGGAGUGCUUUGGAGGAACAGCGGAUGAUGUAUGAACGUGAAUUGGAGCAGCUCCGACAGCAACUCUCUCCAGAAAGGCGAUUUCAGGAUUGCGCAGACAGGCUUUCAGACACUACCCAGGCUGCUCGGCAGAAAAUGAACCUUUGGUCAGAGGAAAGGGAUGAGUUAUUUCGACAGAGCCUAGCUAAAUUGAGAGAGCAGAUAGUUAAAGCCAAUACACUAGUGAGGGAAGCAAACUUCCUAGCAGAAGAAAUGAGCAAACUAACAGAUUAUCAAGUGACGCUGCAGAUUCCUGCUGCUAACCUGAGUGCUAACAAGAAGAGAGGGGUGAUAGUGAGUGAACCAGCCAUUCAAGUCAGAAGAAAAGGAAAAGGCACUCAGGUGUGGAGUAUUGAAAAGUUGGAGAACAAGUUAAUUGACAUGAGAGAUCUGUAUCAAGAAUGCAAGGGAAGAGUCCAUGAGGUGAAGACACUCACUGGCAAAAAGGGUGACCCGUUUUACGAAGCACAAGAAAACCACAAUUUAAUUGGUGUUGCAAAUGUCUUCUUGGAGUGCCUUUUCUGUGAUGUUAAACUUCAGUAUGCGGUGCCAAUAAUUAGCCAGCAAGGGGAGGUUGCAGGGCGCCUGCACGUUGAAGUGAUGCGUGUCACUGGUGCUGUCCCAGAACGUGUAGUAGAAGACGACUCUUCUGAAAAUUCCAGCGAAAGUGGAAGUCUUGAAAUCAUGGACAACAAUGGAGAAAUUAUUCACAGGCCUAAAAAACUCACCUGCAGGGUAAAAAUAAAAGAGGCAACAGGUCUACCACUGAAUCUCUCCAACUUUGUUUUCUGUCAAUAUACCUUCUGGGAUCAAUGUGAGCCAACUGUUGCAGCACCAGUUGUAGAUCCAGACGUGCCUUCACCUCUAAGCAAGGAUGCCCAGUUUACAGUAACUUUCUCUCAUUGCAAGGAUUACAUAGUAAAUGUAACAGAAGAAUUUCUGGAGUUCAUAGCAGAUGGAGCACUUGCUAUUGAAGUGUGGGGUCAUCGAUGUGCUGGAAAUGGCAGCUCCAUAUGGGAGGUGGAUUCUCUUCAUGCAAAAACCAGGACCUUGAGAGACAGGUGGAAUGAAGUAACACGUCGGAUUGAAAUGUGGGUGUCAAUUCAAGAACUGAACGAAAUGGGGGAUUAUGCAGCUGUGGAGCUCCACCAGGCAAAGGAUGUAAACACAGGAGGGAUUUUCCAGCUUAGGCAGGGCCAUUCUCGUAGAGUUCAGGUGACUGUCAAACCGGUGCAACAUUCAGGAACACUGCCGCUCAUGGUGGAAGCCAUUCUCUCCAUUUCUGUUGGCUGUGUGACUGCCAGGUCAACCAAAUUACAGAGGGGCUUGGACAGUUACCAGAGAGAUGAUGAUGGUGGUGGUGAUAUGGAUAGUUAUCAGGAAGAAGACCUAAACUGUGUGAGAGAGCGAUGGUCCGAGGCACUAAUAAAACGGAGGGAAUACUUAGAUGAGCAGAUUAAGAAAAUCAGCAAUAAACCAGUAAAAACAGAUGAUGAUGAAGAAAGGGAAGCACGGCUUGUAGAACAGUGGGUGGGGCUAACCGAAGAGAGGAAUGCUGUGCUUGUUCCAGCACCAGACAGUGGGAUUCCAGGUGCACCUGCCAAUUGGAUCCCACCUACUGGAAUGGAAACUCACAUCCCUGUUCUUUUCCUUGAUUUGAAUGCUGAUGACCUCAGUGCCAACGAACAGCUUGUAGGUCCCCAUGCAUCAGGAGUUAAUUCAAUACUACCGAAGGAGCAUGGAAGUCAGUUCUUUUAUCUGCCAAUCAUAAAACACAGUGAUGAUGAGGUUUCAGCCACUGCUGCUUGGGAUUCUUCUGUGCAUGAUUCAGUGCACUUAAACAGGGUAACACCCCAACAUGAGAGAAUCUACUUAAUAGUGAAGAUCACAGUGCAGCUUAGCCAUCCUGCAGCUAUGGAACUGAUGUUACGGAAAAGGAUUGCUGCUAAUAUUUACAAUAAACAGAGUUUUACCCAGAGUCUGAAAAGAAGAAUAUCAUUGAAGAAUAUAUGUUAUGCUUGUGGUGUGGCAUAUGAAAUAGUGUCCAAUAUACCAAAGGCUACAGAAGAAAUUGAGGACCGAGAGACCCUAGCUUUGAUGGCAGCCAAGAGUGAAAACGAGGGUACAUCAGAUGGUGAAACUUACAUAGAGAAGUAUACCCGUGGAGUAUUGCAUGUCGAAAAUAUUUUGAGUCUUGAACGACUAAGACAGGCUGUCACAGUCAAGGAAGCUUUUUCUACCAAGGCUCGACACAUACGGAGGAGUGUCAGCACACCUAAUGUUCACAAUGUAUCUUCUAGCCGCUUAGAUCUAUCUGGCUGUGAUGAUGAUAAGGAUUGGUCAGAAGGCCAGAUAGAUAUUUCAGAUUGUUCCACCAGUUAUCAAGACGUAUCAUGUUAUGGGACUUUACCCAGGGAUUCACCUCGCCGAAAUAAAGACACUGGUGGUACUGUUUUGGAGAAUCCACAGGCAUCAAUCACCAGUCCGUUUAAAGCAUUUUCUCCGCAGCCACCCAAGUUUUUCAAACCUCUAAUGCCAGUAAGAGAAGAAAACAAAAAAACGUGUCUUGAAACUCGACCUCUGCUUAGCAAAGAGCCUUUGCAGAGCAUGCUGUCAUCUCAGGCAUAUAACAUUGGCUGCGUUGUGCCCUCAGGAAGUAAUGCCAGUAGCAUGCCAGUAGAACACAAUAGCAUUCAUGUGAAGAAGACUGACUCGGAAGAAGACGAUGAGUUGGAGGCCAUUAACAAGAAGCCUUAUGUGCCAGAAGAGUUUGCAGAUUUUAGUGUUUAUAAUGCUAGCCUGGAAAGCAGGGAAUGGCUACCUUCUAAAGGAGACUUAGUAAAUUCCCGGAUCCUUGAGAAAGAGGUAUCCCGAAGCCCCACCACUAGCAGCAUUACUAGUGGCUACUUUUCUCACAGUGCCUCAAAUGCUACUUUGUCUGAUAUGGUAGUUUCCUGUAGCGAUAGCACAGACCAAUUAGCGAAUCAAAGCAGAGAUUUGGACUCCAGCGACCAUCUCUCCUAUGAUUUAAGAUCUUCAAACAAGGAAGCUUUGGAACCAGAAAGGGGCGGGUCUAAAGAUGAGAGAGCCGUGUCACCCCUCAAAGGAAACAAUGUCUUGGCAAGAGAGAUCCCACUGUCCCAAAGCACCACCAGCGUCGAAGCCACAAAGUCGCAAAAUUCAGUUGCGGAUUCUUCGGACAAUAAAAUCACAGAACGUGGAAUUGAAUUCACAACUCGGGAAGUAACAGUUGAGCGCAUUUUGAAUGUUUUUGAAGAUUAUGCUUUUACGGAAUUUAUGGGUGUUGAAGAUGCAAAGGAACUUGAAUGUUCGGGAGUGCCACAAUUCUUUUCUAGUGGCUCUUCUAACAGAAGAAAAAAGCUUUCAGCAGGUGAAACAAACUGUGCCACGGGUUUCUCAAAAAAGAAUUACGACGACCAACCAGUGAACCAACUGGAGUUCUCACCAGCAGAACACCAGCAGACAAGCAGCACUGAAAGCUCUGCUAUUAAAGGAAAAAAGGGUUCUCAUUGUCAGAUGGAUGCAGAUUCUUUCCUAGCAGAUGACUUUACUGGAAAAAAUAAUUUGGAUAGUUCUGGUUAUGAAGAUGCUACUGCUGAAGAGUUCCCUGACUGGGUGGCAUUGGGGGAACAAGUGUCUAUUGGAAACAAUAAAUCUGGCCUAGUGAGAUAUAUUGGGCCAGUGGAUUUUUCAUCUGGUACUUGGGUUGGCAUUGAAUUACAUUUCCAGAUGGGGAAACAUGAUGGCACUGUAAAUGGCAGAGAAUAUUUUCACUGCAAGCCACAACAUGGGGUAUUCGUUCGCCCUGGAUGUCUCUCUAAAGCACCAGUUUCCACAACGACAUGCAGUGUUGGUUCACAGCCUCAGGUAUUACCUUCCAACGGGGAGAAGUGGAAGAAUGCAGGUCAAGCGUCCUCCUCUUCCAGAACAAGAGCAGCAGCCCCCUGUCAGUCUGGCAAUGCAGCAGCUUCUGCUUUUUCAAGAAAACAGGAGAUCAGAAAAUCUUGGAUCAACUAAAACUGCAGUUUAUUUUUUGCACUUGCUGCACGUAUCACUGUGUGGAAACACUUUUGCUUUGAAGUGACUGGUGUAGUUUUGAUCUGUCCAUGUUGAAUAUUUAAAUCAUGGAGAUAAUUUUGCAGUUCUUUUUUUUAAUAAAUAGAUAUGUAAAAUGGCUGUAUCGUUUGUCUGCCAAAAGGGAGACAUGAGCGUUCGCUAAAUUGCAGUUAGUUUGUAGAUAACCGUGAGGUACUUGACUGUUCGUUACUCAGCAAAUUAGAUCAUAUUUUAAAUCAAAUGUUUUAUUGUGUGGGAAGGCUGUAUAUAUAUUUCUGAAUGAAAAGCAACAAUGUGCUAUUAAUUACCAAAGAACACACUUGCUGUUUGUCUUGUGAUAAUUAUACAUGUUUGAAGGCUUGGUGCCAUAUUUUUAGACAUUAACGUCAGGCACCAUGCCGCCUUAUAUCCUGUGUUUUAGUAAGCACACUGAAGAGACUGUAGGGGUUUUUUUUGGGGGGGGGGGGUUGGUCUUCCUAAGGGCCUGCCUCCGUGCUGACUUCUUGACAUAUACUGAAAAUAUUAACAAUGCCUAAAGCUUGCACGUUUGGUGUUUUACGUGCCAACACAGGACAGCCAAGCAACCUGAAUUCAAAAACAGUGUUAUUGUACAGAAGGAGGACAAAAUUUUCAACAAAUGGCUUCUUUGAAAACAGAGAGGGAACAAGGCAGGAGCAGUGGGACCACAGCUAUAAACCCAUUCACUGUUUGUUGCUGGCUGAGUCCAAACUGAAGCUAAAUGUUCUGAGCUGAUUUUAGUGUGGUAAGUUCAUUUUUCACUAUGGAUUGGGUAUGAUGCUUUUGAAUCCUUGACAAGCUAUUCCAUGUACAGAAACUGUCUUGGAUCUGUAUAAAGUAGCCAGUGGUAAUGGAAAAGGUAAUGUGCUGCCUGCCAUAUUUGUUCUUGAUUUCUUGGAAAGUAGUUGAGAUAAUGGGACCUUACGGAAAAGCUGCUGUUCUUUGAUUCAUAUAUGUAUAUAGUAAACUGUCUUAGUAUUUUGCUAUUUACUGUAAAAAGUGUAAUUUAUAUUCUAUUUCUGCUACACUGUAUUUAAUUGGUACAAAACAUUUGUGUUAGAAUACAGAUAAUUUACUUUGUUUAUAAAAUCUGUGCCUCGGACUUUACACUUUGUAAUAUAAGACUGUGUCAGAUAAAAGUUUUGUUACUAAUUUGUUGCUUCGGCAUAUGUUGUAUUUACUUCUUAAUAUACAUGUUAAAAAGAGAACAAACAGUGUAUUCUAGAAUGGAGGAUAUACAUCAGUGAUUGAUUCAAAAGCCCCAUCAAAAGUAAUAUUUUUUUUCCUCUCAAAGAUUAUGGGAAACAUAAAUGACAUGCUAUUGUGAGUAACACUUCAGCUUAUAAAUUUAGAUGUAUGUGUGUUUACAAAAUUUUAAGAAUGCUUCCAUGCAUUUUUAAACUUCCUUAACCUAAGAUAGAGUGCUUUUGUAUCUGCAUGCACAGUUGUUUGUUCCAGCAGUAAAGGUUCAGCACUUCUCUCUCCUGGCUGUACACUCAGUGAAGUACAGAAUAAAUUGUUCCUGCUCAUUUUGAUGUUUUGCAUCUAUUUCAUCAAAGUCCUCUAAUCCAGCAGUAAAUUGUAUCAGAAUGUACGUGCAACUACAUUUACAACAAAAACAUACUUUAACCUUUUGUGACAGUCGCAGGAUGAGAAAUAAUGCAAAUUCAUUUUUAAAUGAUAUGAAUCAGUGAAAUCAUAUCGUAAGGGAAGUUUUAAAAUCAAGGCUAUUUGCUGCUUUCAAGAAUACCUCUGAUCAUGACAAUCCCUUAGGUAGAACUUCCAAAGAGAUUAACACAAAACAAUAUGAAAAAAGUAGCGUGCAGUAGGAUUGAGAGAUGAAAGCAGUAUUGCAACAAGCAUUAAUAUGUUGUCCUGCAUUUUAUGUAGAUUCUAAAAUACAACUUUCAGUUUCAACAUUCACUUAUACUGUGCACGAGCAUUUGAUCACAUCAGUAUUUUCCAAUAAUGGAUAUGUGUUCUUGUUGGAAUAAAUAAUCCUUGUACACUUUGGGGGUUUUUUUAAAAAAAUGUUCAGCUAGUGGUUGGACUCAGUGUUACGAGGAAUGUUUUAGGAAAGUAUAUGUAAGGAUAUAGUAUGAAGUCUUUGGAAUUGAUUUGUGUAUACAGCUGUCUCUUUUUACUGUUUUAUAUUAACUUGAAUAUGUAUAUAUGCGAUUUUGACUAAUAUUACCUAUCUGUAAUUAUUUUUAUAUUCAGAAAAUAUUUUAUAGGAAUAAAUCACCUGUAAAACAUGCUGAAA